AUGGUUCUUGGUUACGACAUGAUGUUGCAGACUGCUUAUGCCCGGCAGAGCAUCGCCUACGUCCAGCAGCGGGACGUGCUCUUCCCCGAGCUAACCGUUCAUGAGCACCUUCUGUUUUUUGGCUCCAUGAGAAAUGAGGCGUGGGCCGUGCUAGACAAGCAGCUGACUCAAGUGAGGGACAUGCUUCAGCUAGAACCAAUCAUGAACGUACUAUGCGUCAAGUUGGACAGGUCUCAGAAGAAAAUUCUUAGUCUUGCCAUCGCACUCAUCACCUGUCCAAAGGUUCUAAUAAUGGAUGAAGUCAUGGUGAAAAUGUACCCGGCGGCGAGAACAAUAGCUUGGAACGCGUUGAUUUCUUUGAAGAGCUCAAUGUGCAUCAUCGCAGCCACGGCAAAUGUGUACGAAGUUGAUACGCGAGCCGACAGGCUCGUCAUGUUGAGCUACUCGGCCCACAAGUGCUACGGCACCACAGCUUUCAUACAGAGACGUUAUGGCUGGGGAUACACCGUAAAGGUUAUAAAAGGCACGCAAUUCAGGGGCCGAACUGUCUUGGCAGCCAUUCGUCAGACAAUUCCGGAUGCUCACGUGCUACAAGACCACAAGAUGUACGCCUCUAUUGGUCUUGGACAACACACUGACUACACUCCCGUGGCAACAGUGCUGGGUAGACUUGAGGCUCAGCAGGGCCAGUUUGGCAUAAACUCGUUCACAAUCAGCGUGGUUACGAUGGAAGACAUCUUCUUUCGCAUUGUACUGGAAAUGGACUCUGGUGACUACCAGUACAAGACAAACUUGGAGAAGGCAAUGGGCAUUGACGUGAAGAGGGGUGCCGAUGACCAUGUGGACUACAGCAUGGCCAACCUUACCGUUGAAACGGAAGACCUUGGUGGCAUUGCCGCCGGUGGUGAGAAGUACGAGUCGUCCCUCGAAAUUCAACAGCACGUCAAGGCCGUCUACGACUUGAAGCCCGCCAAGCCUACUUGGGGACAAAUGUUUGUGGCAAUGAUAAUCAAACGUCGUCAAUACACCUGGCAAACCUUGGCGUUGCCGUUGUUUUGCUUCAUCGUUCCCACCGUGAUCCUCAUCCUGCGCGGCGAGCUCGAGACCAUCGCAGUACCACGGGUGGCGGUCGAGUUUUCUGCCGACAAUUUCAUCUAUGACCUCAGCAACUUGGACAAAUUGGAGAACGUUUUCGUCGCCUUCGAUGACGCGUCUAAGUCGUUGGCAGAAGACGGGUACGAAAAGUACCUCCGGUCUCGGGAAAUCCCCGUAGAUAGAAUUCCCAACAUAGGUAAAUUCGUGGACGAGGAAAAACGAGCACGGAGCGGGAAUAAAUACGUGUUUGGAGGCGAGUUCUCUGCCCCGAAAGACAACCCGACGAUGCGAAAGGCUGUGGCUUGGUUCAAUGGCGACGCGUUCCACUCGCAGUCUUUGUCCAUCAAUGCUAUUUCUACGGUACUCCUGCGCAACGCUACAAAUGACACCAAAAGCGAAGUAGUGGCCGUACUGCGACCAGUCAAAAAGGGCGACAAAAUCAUCGCCUCCAGGCGCCUGAAGAAUGCACGCCAUGCGGAGACUCUCGGAGAAAUCAUAUCUUCGAGACUGACAAAUUUUUUUCUGCUUCCGGCUGGCAUUUCAGUGGCCACAGCCAGCUUCAUCUUCUUCCCCGUGGAUGACCGUGUGAGCAAGUCGAAGCGCAUGCAGUUCGUGUCCGGUGUGUCGCCGGUAAUUUACUGGUUGGCUAACUACGUGUGGGACAUGUUCAUGGCAAUGGUGGGACUAAUGUGUAUGCUUUUCCCAGGCUUUCUUUUCUACCAGAACUUCGGAAACUAUGGCAUGGUAUCCACACUGGGAUACCAGCUGUACAUGAUCGACAAUGAACGUGGGCAGGAUCUUAUAAGCGAGGAGCACGAUCGAGACUCAGUGCUCUGGCUGCUCUACUUCUGUCCGCCGUUCAGUGCCUCGUGGGCUCUCGUGAAGGUGGUGCAACUCAGCCUCGAAAACGCCUACUGCACGUACACCUCCGACCUGAGCGUCAUCUACGACGUGUGCGCGUUCGUGAGAAACAGCGCCCAGGACGCCGCCAUCAUGAUGACUGGCCUUCGCUACUGCUGCGCUACUUUCUACAACAGCAACCGGACAUCAGUGCAACCGCUAUCCUGGACGUCGUUCCACAGGGACGGUGCCAUGACAGAGAUGACGGUGAUGUUUCUCGAAGGCUUGGUGUGCUUCCUGCUGCUCGUGCUCGUCGAACACGCCGUGAUGCGCCACUGGUUCAUCCGGGCGGACGUGGCGCAGGCACCUGUCGCGGAGAAGACGUCUCCGGACGUGCUCGCAGAAUUCGACUACGUCAGCAAGGUUGUCGAGCGACACGACCUCCACAAGCCCUCGCUUCUUGUGCUGGACCUGAAGAAGGUGUACUGA